AUGCCUUAUGGUGAAAUUGAAGCUAAAUCCUUGGGACAUGGGGAAGAACUGACACGUGAACCAUGCUAUAAAAAAUUGAAGUCAACUAAAGAGUCUUUUGUUUUCCCCCAUCAUGGUAGUUCUAAUUUUCACAGAGUCCAAGAGAAAGCUGAAAAUGAUUGGAUCCCUUUGACCAUCACUGAUGUCAGAGGACAGAGUUCUCCUCAGGAGGACAAAGCCAAAACUAAAAAUUUGCUGAAACCUGUGCAUGGUGAGAUGCCUGCUAAUAGACCAGCUGUUAAUGAGUCCACUGACUCACAAGUUUUACAUGCUGCAAGUCCUCCAUUGGUAUCCACAGAUGAUGAGAUAUAUAGCACAAGUAAAGCAUUUAUAGGACCCAUGUACAAACCCACUGAGGAAAAGAAAAGUAAUGAAAGGAGUAAUCAAGCAGACACUAUCAAUGGUAUAGAUGGCAAAGGAAGACGAGAAGAGAAACGGAAAUUUAACUGCAAAAAUUCAGAGAUUGAUAAUGAAUUAUUCCAGUUUUACAAAGAAAUUGAAGAGCUUGAAAAUGAAAAAAAUGAUUUGGAAGGCAGUUGUCAGGAACCCGAACCUUCUGAGGAACAAUUUAUUUCAUAUUAUCAGGGCCAUAAUAAUGAUUUGAUCAAAUAUGAAGAAGAAAGGAAAAGAGAUCUUACUAAUGCUCAGUUACAUUGUGGUUAUCAACAGUACGUGGGGAAUGAGCCAGGCAAAUAUCCUUGUCAUGGACAAGUAAUACCUACAUUUUGUGAUGUGUCCUUUACUUCCUUUAGGCCUGAAUGGCAAUCAGUGCAUUCUUUUAUAGUACCCCGAGGUCCUCCACUUCCCAGUUCUAACUAUCAUUUAAAUGUACAAAGAUUCAGUGCUCUACCAAAUCUACCAUCAAAUACUUUCCAUCCUCAAAAUUGCUCUCCGAUUCAAAAUGGAUGUUACAUAAAUAGCCAUGUUAAUUGGAAUUGUUUGCCUUUUGAUCGGAACAGUGAAUAUACUAACUGUAGUGAGAAUAUCAGUAGUGAUAUUCCCUAUGGAAGUGGCUACACUGUUCAAGAUGGAUAUAUGAGUAAUGGUUUCUGUGAAACCAGUGAAAGAUGCUGGAAAGAUUCUUUUAUGGACAAGGGUAUUACAACAGACAGGUUUAUGAACCAACAGUUUCAAGAGGAAAAGUUAAAUAAAUUGCAGAAGUUACUUAUUCUUUUAAGAGGCUUGCCUGGUUCUGGGAAAACAACGUUAUCUCGAAUUCUGCUUGGGCAGAGUCGUGAUGGCAUUGUGUUCAGCACUGAUGACUAUUUUCACCAUCAAGAUGGGUACAGGUAUAAUGUUAAUCAACUUGGUGAUGCCCAUGACUGGAACCAGAACAGAGGCCUGCAGAAUUUUUGUUCAGAGAUCGGGACAAUAUUAUGGGAACUCCCUUCUAAACAAGCUAUCAAUCAGGGGAGAUCUCCAGUUAUAAUAGACAACACUAAUACACAAGCUUGGGAAAUGAAACCGUAUGUGGAAAUGGCCAUAGGAAAAGGAUACAGAGUAGAGUUUCAUGAACCUGAAACUUGGUGGAAAUUUGAUCCUGAAGAAUUAGAAAAGAGGAAUAAACAUGGUGUGUCUCGAAAGAAGAUCGCUCAGAUGUUGGAUCGUUAUGAAUAUCAAAUGUCCAUCUCUAUUGUAAUGAAUUCAGUGGAACCAGUGCACAAAAGCACACAAAGACUUCCUCCUUCAGAGGAGAGACAGAGGUGGGAAGGCUCUCUAGACUCACACAAUCAAGUCUAUAUCACAUAUAGUCAUUAAGGUGGCUAUUUUCAGCUAACACAUUUGUUGCUUGCCUUUGAAAAAAAUUAGUGAGCCUUUCUUGAAGUUUAAAUGGUUUUAAAUAAAUUUUUAAAAAGACUACAUUGCCUCAUAGGGUAUGUUCCCAGCAGAUGGCUAAAUUCUAAAGUGUAAAUAAAAAUUACGUAAAAUUGUACUUUAAAUGUUUUUAUAAUCUUUUGUAAUACCUUUGGUUAUUAUGAAGACACCUGAGUGGUUAAAAACUAGAAUGUUUUCUGUAAUUGAAUUUUAAACUAAUUUUAUCUGUUUUGUAGAUAGUGUUGAACAGGUUUAUAGUUCAUACUGAAAACUAACUUUUUAUAAAACUUUAGUAUUUUUUCUUAAGUACCUUAAAUAUACAAGUAAUACUUGUUGUAGACAAGUUCAUCUGUGUCACAAAAAUAUUUCCAAGCUACAAUUAGCAU